AUGGCGGCUUCAGCUGCAUCAGAUGUUCGUGUGCCAGGUCGGACGGUGCCCCUUAUAAUUGACAAUAAGGACAUCACUACCACAACCACGCUGGACGUGAAUAACCCUGGGAAAAGCUACCUUGAGCAUAAAUGCAGCUCUGCCUCUGUCGAGGACGCCACUCAGGCCGUUGAUUCGGCUCAAAGGGCUUUCCCUGCUUGGUCAAAGACGAGACCUGCAGCUCGAAGGGAGAUUCUAUUGAAGGCAGCCGACGUCUUCUUGGCUCGAAAAGAUGAAUUCAUCGGCUAUAUGUGCGAAGAAACCGGCGCGCAGGUUCCAUAUGCUGACUUCAUUCUCAUGCUUGGUGUGAACUUGUUGAGGGACGUCGCCGGUAAGGUAUCGAAUAUCGAAGCUACUUCUCCUGUCCUUGCCCAGGAGGGCACAAGUGCCAUGGUCUAUAAGCAGCCCUAUGGAGUCGUCCUUGGCAUUGCACCAUGGAAUGCCCCGUAUAUCUUGGGCACUCGGGCGGUAGCACUUCCCCUUGCAGCAGGCAACACCACCGUCCUGAAGGGCUCGGAAUUAUCUCCGAAAUGCUUUUGGGCUAUUGGAGAGGCAUUUCGCCAAGCCGGACUUCCAGAUGGCUGUCUCAAUGUUCUCUAUGCACGUCCUGAGGAUGCGGCGGAGGUCACUACUGCCCUGAUAGCUCAUCCAGCGGUGAAGAAGCUGAGCUUCACUGGGAGCACUGCAAUUGGUCGCAAGGUUGCGCAGAUUGCCGCAAAUUACAUCAAGCCUGUGAUUCUCGAGCUUGGAGGAAAGGCACCCACCGUUGUUCUUGACGACGCCGAUAUUGAAAAGGCCGCUUUGGGCGCUGCGAUUGGCUCAUUCAUGCACACUGGGCAAGUCUGCAUGUGCACGGAGCGAAUUAUUGUGCACAGAAGCAUCGCUGAUAAGUUCCGCGAGGCCUUGAAAGCCGCGAUAAAUAAUGUUCUUGGCGGGCCGAACGCUGAGCUGGUGGCAAUCAAUGCCGGUGCUAUUGCUAAGAACAAGGCUCUGGUUCGAGACGCAAUAUCGAAGGGUGGCAGAGUCCUCCUCGGGGAUCCAGAUGCCCAGGGGGCUUCCGAUACUCGCAUGAGCGCGGUCAUUGUGGAGAACGUGACCAAGGACAUGGACAUCUACGAGGACGAAUCGUUUGGUCCUACCGCUUCGCUUUUCGUGGUUGACAGCGAUGAAGAGGCGAUCAAGCUUGCUAAUGAUACGGAGUACGGCCUGAGUGCUGCUGUGUACACCGAAAACCUGGCGAGAGGGUUGUAUGUAGCGGGACAAAUUGAGUCUGGUGCGGUGCAUAUCAACUCCAUGACUGUCCAUGAUGAGGCAGCUCUUCCUCACGGAGGUGUCAAGAGAAGCGGCUAUGGACGGUUUGGAACCAAACUGCUGGAUGAAUUCUUAUGGACUAAAUCAGUGACAUGGAUGGAUUAUGGCUAUUAA